UAGAUUUUAAAAGUUAAUCAUUUUCCAGGGUUUAAGACAGUGUCACUGUUUAGCCUUUGCAACCGUCCAGUUCUGUUAGACGUAGCACACUUUUCACCAUGGUGUUGAUGAACAUUGUAUUGUUUUGUGUUGUUCUGCACACUUACAGCACUGGCUGGUGUCAGAAGUCGGAACCCUUGGCUGGUACAGGAGAUGAGACCUUGUUCAGGGGAGCAGAUCAGUAUGAUUUUUCAAUUGUACUACCAGCAGCGGGACGUGAGUGUUUUUGGCAUUUUGCUCAUCAAAGUGGCCACUUUUACUUCAGUUAUGAGAUUCAGUGGGUGACCGGAAUUGGAAAAGAAAGACAAGUCACUACCUCAGUCCACUCACCCAAUGGAUUUCUUUUGGGAACUUCUCAAGAUUAUCGAGGACAAAUUAAUUUUCAAACUAGACAGACAGGAUUCUAUCAGAUCUGUAUAAGCAACUUUCACAAUCACUUUGGGUCAAUGCAGAUUUUCCUUGACUUUGGAGUCAUUUAUGAUGGUUUUGGCUUUGAAGAUGUAAAACAGCAGCAAGAGCAGGAAAAGAAAAUAGUCAAUGACACUCUGGAUGCAAUAAAGGAAAGUACAUUCAAGUUGCAUAAUUACGUUUUCCACAUGUGGCGGUACUACAAUUUUGCACGAAUGCGGAAAGGCGCAGAUUAUUACCUUGUGCUCUCCAAUUACAACUAUGUGAACUGGUGGUCUCUGUGUCAGAGCCUGGUCAUUGUCUUAGCUGGUGUGCUGCAGCUUUACUUCCUGAAGCGCCUUUUCCAUACGAAAACUGUGACUGACAGCAACAAGCCCAGGUGUUGACAAGACUUUGUCUUCAGAAAUUGCUCAGCAGUCAGACUAGAUAAUCCGUAAUAUGUAAGUAAAUCAGAGCACAUUUUAGCUUGAUGUGGUCCCUUCCAUUUAUUUUUCCUUCAUAAAACUAAAUACAUUAAUUUUAAGGGAUCUCUCCCAUAUUAUAUAUGUCUAUAUAAUAUAUAUAUACACAAACACAUU